GGGCCCCGCCAUCCCGUCGCUGACGCCACCGCCCGGUGUGGAGCCCGCCGCCGCCGGGUGUGGGGCCCGCCGCUGCUCGCGGGCUGCGCGUCUGCCAAUCCCGCCGCCGCCAUGGACCUGUUUGGGGACCUGCCGGAGCCCGAGCGCUCGCCGCGCCCGGCUGCAGGGAAAGACGCCGAGAGAGGACCUGCGCUCUUUGACGACCUCCCUCCAGCCAGCAGUACUGACUCAGGAUCAGGGGGACCUUUGCUUUUUGACGAUCUCCCACCAGCCAGCAGUGGCGAUUCAGGUUCUCUUGACACCUCCAUCUCCCCGAUGGUAAAGAAUGAAGGGAAAGGAGCAAAGAGAAAAACCUCUGAAGAAGAGAAGAACGGCAGCGAAGAGCUUGUGGAAAAGAAAGUUUGUAAAGGCUCUUCAGUGAUCUUUGGGCUGAAAGGCUAUGUGGCUGAGCGGAAGGGCGAGCGGGAGGAGAUGCAGGACGCCCACGUGAUCUUGAACGACAUCACCGAGGAGUGUAGUCCCCCAUCGUCCCUCAUUACCCGGGUUUCCUAUUUUGCUGUUUUUGAUGGACAUGGAGGAAUCCGAGCCUCAAAAUUUGCUGCGCAGAAUUUGCAUCAGAACUUAAUCAGAAAAUUUCCUAAAGGAGAUGUCAUCAGUGUGGAGAAAACCGUGAAGAGAUGCCUUUUGGACACUUUCAAGCACACGGAUGAAGAGUUCCUUAAACAAGCUUCAAGCCAGAAGCCUGCCUGGAAAGAUGGGUCCACUGCCACGUGUGUUCUGGCUGUAGACAACAUUCUUUAUAUUGCCAACCUCGGAGAUAGUCGGGCAAUCCUGUGUCGUUACAAUGAGGAGAGUCAAAAACACACGGCCUUAAGCCUCAGCAAGGAGCAUAAUCCAACCCAGUAUGAAGAACGAAUGAGAAUACAGAAGGCUGGAGGGAACGUCAGGGACGGGCGUGUCUUGGGUGUGCUGGAGGUGUCUCGCUCCAUUGGGGAUGGGCAGUACAAGCGCUGCGGGGUCACGUCCGUGCCAGACAUCAGACGCUGCCAGCUGACCCCCAAUGACAGGUUCAUUUUGCUUGCCUGUGACGGCCUCUUCAAGGUCUUCAACCCAGAAGAAGCUGUGAACUUCAUCUUGUCCUGCCUUGAGGAUGAGAAGAUCCAGAGCCGGGAAGGGAAGUCCGCCAUUGAUGCCCGCUACGAAGCCGCCUGCAACCGGCUGGCCAGCAAGGCGGUGCAGCGGGGCUCGGCGGACAACGUCACGGUGAUGGUGGUGCGGAUCGGGCUCUGAGGGCCGCGCGGCCGGGCCUGGCAUGGCGAUGACUUCGAGGGUUUAUUUGUGUGUGCGCAUCGUGUUCCGUGUACUCCUGUGGGACUCCCAUGCUUGUAAAUAAAGGUUCCUUUUUUUUCUA